GGCUCGGAAGAGUGUACUCGAGCACCCCCAGCGCUGAGGGGCCUUCACUCUGCAGCCACCAGCUGCCGCACAAAAAUGGUUUUCCAAGCCAACAGGCCUCCAGACAUAGACAUGAGAGGCGUCAUUACUGAAGUUUCGCAGCUAUGUGAGGAUUGCGCAAAGAGAACACGAGAUGAGGUCCUCAAAGCUGGGAACAGGUUGGAGAAUGAAAUCAAUGAAACUCUGAAGGCGGACAAACUGCUCUACACACUGCUGUUUCAGAAUCCCGUGAUCCUGAGUGUUCCCACUCCUAGCAGAACGAAGUUGCCGCCACAUGUACGGGCAAGCAUUGCAGCAAGCAUUGGCCAAUCGCUUCAAGCAAGCAAUGACCAGACGCGUCCGGUGAAAGAGGCGAUGCACAGAGCAUCUCCCACGUCGAAGUCAAGGUCACUGCUUGCUUCCCUACGCUCGCAGGCCAGCCCUGAACGCAACAGGAGUGCCCCGAACAGCUUGCUCUUGGACAAGUCUAUAGAGUCAGGAGAACGGAACAAAAAGCAGGGAAAGAAAAAGGUUGAGAAGGAGGAGAAAGAGGAGAAUCAGGAGGAGGAGGAGGAGGAAGAGGAAAGAAGAGACACAUGUGCACUUGGAGAUCUUGAAGGUGCAGAAUUUAGCGCAGUGGACAUUUGGUCUGGAUUGCAGGGUGAGGACAGAGCGAGUCCGUCCAAGGUAAAUGCUCGCGGCCAAGGAGGGAUGGAUAUUGAUGUUCAUGAUGUUCAGAUCAGCCGACUUGAAGCGGAAGUUCAUCGCCUCAAACUGGAGAAUUCGGAUCUCAAAAAGGCACAGAAAGAGGGUUCUGAAAGUAGAUUGCGUGCUGUCAUGACCAGCGCAACUGCCACUGCGGAUGAACUUCGGGGUGCUAUUGCCAGUGUUGAGGCAGUUCUUAGUGAAGCUCGCCGAGAGCUGAACCACAAGCAGUCUCGGGAGAGGCGUGCUGCUUACGAACAACUUCAUCACGCCAUUGACAAGGCCGAAGAGGACAUGUUGGAAGAGGCAAUUUUGGCAGCCCAAAAGUCUGAAGUGGAUGAUGAGGACAUUUUGAAAGCGCAGAAUAAGCUCCUGGAGUUGCAAAUGAUGAGUCCAGAGGAGCGCGCUGCCGGCGUGGCACGGAAACGACGGCAACAGAGGAAGAAAGAUGCCUUCCAACUGGUGAAGAAAGACGAUGCAGAGCGUCUUGCGGCUCUUCUUGACAACCUUGAGGAGGGUGAGAACUGGCAGGAUUGGCGAGACUAUUCAGGUCGCACCUUGGUACGGUGUGCAGCCGAAGUUCAUGCGCCAAACGCAAAGGAACUUUUGACCAAGCGCACAAAGGUUCCGGAAAGUAUCAUUCUGCGACAUGUGGAGCUGCGUCAAAGCAGGGAAGUCGAGGAUCCUGGUCUUUGGAGUUCUCCACAUGUAGCGCAGGCUGGUUCUCUGGAUGUCCAAGAAGAGGUUCUUGAGAUCUUCGAUGAAGAGGAAGACAAGGAGAAACCAGACAUCUCCGAUGAAGAGGCAGAGAAGCUGAAAGCCCAAGCACUGCGAGCUGUGGUGCAGGACGAUUGCCCUUCACUGGCCAAAGUGCUGAAGGAGGUCCGAAGGUCCGUUUGGUCCAGGUGGCAAAACAGAGCUGGAAAGGAUCUGCUGACAUUGUCACAGGAGCGCGGUUCUUCUAUGGUCUACUCCAUGUUGGCCAAGUCUCUGGGCAUGGUCAAGGAGGUGAAAAGAGAAUCCUACGAAGAGCGACAGACGGUUUGGGUCUUCGCGAACGGUGACAUUCAGCCGCGACGUGCCACAGUCCUAGAGGACCCCACAAGAGGAGAAGAGGCUUCCUUUGUUUGCUUGGUCCAUAUAGCAAGCUUGCUCCAUAUGCGUGCCAGGACACGCCAGAAGAGUCGGACGAUGUACUUCUGGAGUUCUGGGAUGGCGAUGAUCCACCAGAGAGGGUAGAGCGCUGUUUGGUUCAUGCCAUGGGGUCAUAAAGGCCGUCCAACCAUUUGGCGAAUCAGCCAAGAGGCCAAGAGUCCUUUCCACGAGCAUGCUGUGAAUCUUUCAACAAAUGGAGCUGGGAUUUGUGAGGAGAAUCUUUGCACCUUUUCCCAAUUGGGUCCGCUGCUCUCUCCCAAUGUCAAAGAGCACACCCGGCCCUGUGUAUUCUCAUAUUUUUGUUUGUGCAUGUAAGUGAGAUUCUUCACAUGCACCAUAGGUGGAACUGCAGCGAUAGUUAUUAUCUUUUUUUUUUUGCGGGCUUACAGUACAUUGCCCUUUGUCAAGAAUUUGGUCACAAGCUGAAAGAUCCAGGAGAGCAAUCUAUGCAUUUGGGCAUGAAUCUUUCAAUAGUUUUCUCUAUGCUGCAAUCCUCUUCGCAGAUUUAGGAGACCUGAACACUACAACUGUGCUUGCAUAUUUUCCUAGGAGUGAUCCAUGCCCGAGUGGUGGCCAAUGCCCCAAUAUUGAGACUGAUACUAUGCAUAUUAUUUUAUGCAUCUUUCUUUUCGCGGCCAAAGAUGCCGCAGAAAUCUGUGCUCGAAAAGAGACUCACAGCGAUCCUGCACCCCAGAUUGAAGUGGAUGCGCAUUUGUUUGGUACCACUUGAAGUGUUUCUGGAUUGGAGGCUCUACAGCCUUGUUUCUGAA